AUGGCCACAUAUAUCGCAUAUUGUAACACAAGCGUGUUCUGGGACGUGAAUGAUUUCCCAGUCCCCGAGGGUCGCGCGAUCCGUGAGAUUGUCGAGUCUGCUCUUGAGAAACAAGGUUAUAACUGGGACGCCUCAAUCACGGUUUAUGGCGACAAGGACCCCUUCUCGCCUGAAGAAACCGCCGAGGCUCAACUCACCUUCGUAGAGAGAAGUGCUAAAUUUUGGAGACUUGAGAAGAUGUUAGUAGACAUUCAUUUGUUGGCUGUGGACAAUCCUAAACCUUAUGAUAACCCAACAGCUGUGAUGCUAGUCGCGAAAAACUCGAAGGAGAGUGCUGAGUUCUUUGAUUAUCUUGAAAGAUUAGGGUUUUCAGGUUUUCAAGUUUUACUAGUAGUGCCUGAUGACUUGAACGCAGCAGAAGUGCCUGUUCCUGACGUAGCGUUAGCAUGGCGUUGGACUAACCUGCUAGAAAAUGGAGAUCCUAUCCCCACAGCCGAAUAUGAAGCCCUUGUAGAUCAAAGACCAGACUGUUGUGUCCAACUUGUUUCAGACGACGAAGACGAUGAUGAUUGUUGUGAAGAUGAUUGUUGA